GGGGCGAGGCUCAGUCAGGGCAGGGAGGGGGAGCUGUGGAAUGGCGGACGGCCGGGCUGGCCCGCCCUGGUGGUAACGAGCCGAGAGGGCCGGAGGGGACAACCGCGGAGAGGGAACAGUGCCUGAAGCAGGUCCACCAUGCCGUUAGUAACGAGGAACAUUGAGCCAAGGCACCUGUGCCGUCAGACGUUGCCUAGCGUUCGGAGCGAGCUGGAAUGCAUGACCAACAUCACCCUGGCAAAUGUCAUUCGACAGCUGGGCAGCCUGAGUAAAUUUGCAGAAGACAUCUUUGGAGAGUUGUUUACUCAAGCCAACACCUUUGCCUCUCGGGUGAGCGUUCUAGUCGAGAGAGUUGACCGCUUGCAAGUCAAAGUCACUCAGCUGGAUCCCAAAGAGGAAGAAGUCUCCCUGCAAGGCAUUAACACCAGGAAGGCCUUCAAAAGCUCCACUACUCAGGACCAGAAGCUCUUUGACAGAGAAUCUCUCCCCGUGCCUGUCCUUGAAACCUACAGGACCUGCAAUACUCCUCCACCUCUCAACAUCCUCUCACCGUACAGGGAUGAUGGCAAAGAGGCGCUUAAAUUCUACACAGAUCCUUCCUAUUUCUUUGACCUUUGGAAAGAGAAAAUGCUUCAGGACACCAAGGAUAUUAUGAAAGAGAAGAGGAAACACAGGAAAGAGAAAAAGGAGAAUCCGAACCGAGGAAACGUGAAUCCGCGGAAAAUCAAGACCCGGAAAGAAGAGUGGGAGAAGCUGAAAAUGGGACAAGAAUUUGUCGAGUCAAAGGACAAACACGGUCCUGCUGGGUACCCCUCUAACAUGGUGUAUCAGAACGGCAGCAUCGGUUCAAACGACAGCAUGGACGUGAACUGCUACCCGCCACCGCCGCAGACUGACUCUAUUGUGCCACCACCUCCUUCGUUCCCAGAUGACAGCCUGCCUCCGCCCCCGGUGGAAUUUAGCUAUCCUGUAGACAACCAAAGAGGUUCUGGUUCUGGAGGGACCAAACGAUCCAGCCUGGUCAGCCCGAGUCACCCACCACCAGCUCCUCCCAUCGGAUCCCCCUCCGCAGCCAGGCCGGGCUUUGCUCCCCCUCCAGCACCACCUCCGCCACCACCCCUGAUGGGAAACACCCCCCCUCCACCUCCUCCCAUGGGCUUCCCAUCCCCGGGAACCCCCCCACCACCCUCACCACCACCGCCCCCCCCUCCGGCAGUGGAAUAUGCCAGCGUGCUGCCGCCUCCGCUGCCGCAGCCGGGCGGUGGGACCGCGCCGCCUCCCCCUCCACCACCACCACCUCCUGGCCCACCCCCUCUGUCCUCCAGCGGCCUGGAUGGUCCUCCACCUCCUCCUCCACCCUCAGACACCUCCUCCUCCAAGGCCAAGUCAUCCUUGCCUGCGGUUAGCGAUGCCAGGAGCGAUCUGCUUUCAGCUAUUCGUCAAGGCUUCCAGCUCCGCAAGGUGGAGGAGCAGAGGGAGCAGGAGAAGCGGGACGUUGUGGGCAACGAUGUGGCCACCAUCCUGUCGCGCCGCAUCGCCGUGGAGUACAGCGACUCCGAGGACGACUCUUCCGAGUUCGAUGAGGACGAAUGGUCGGAUUAACCACCGUCCUGGUCCCCUCCUCCUUCCCCUUCUCUCCCUAGGUUAACAUCCUCUUCAAGAAAUCAGGUGGCCAAAUCUUCCACCACUUCCUUUUUUGAUCCCGUAACCAAAGAUGUGCCAAGGGUUUUUUAGACAACCAGCAGCAUGUCUCCCCCCUCUCCCUCCCUCUCCGGCUUUGGCAGGGCUUCGUGCUCUGCCUUUCCAAAAAGGUCUCCUCACGGACACUGAGGCUGUGGUGUCGGGAUUUAGCUGGAGGGGGUGGAACGGUUGCUUAUUUAAAAGAGAGCUAAACCUCCAGAUUCCGGAUGCCACCAGGCAGAGCACAUCUAAACCCUCCAUCCUGAGGGAUUUUUUAAAGUAAAGAUGGAUGAUCCUGUUGCGGCCGCCUGGCCUUUUAGAUGAAGGACAUUUUCAGCUAGUUUUCUCCUUGCAACAGCAGACAGUUGAUCUGAUGGCUCUUCCUUUCCAGUGAAUGCUGGCAGUGCUGCAAGAAAACGGGCUUUAAAUGUCUGUUCUCUGCUGCAUCCCACUGUCAAAUCAUCAGUUUUUUUGGGCAAGAGUGCACAAUUCUUUCCCCUCUGACCCCCCCCUAGUAUUAUUUUCGGACAACCCUGUGCGGGGUGCGCUUCCUGGCUCUAGGGCUGUGGAUUGGUGCAAUGUGAGGAGUGGCUUUUUUAAUUAUUAUUAUUAUUAUUAUUGUUUGAAAAAGCUGCCUUUACCUUCCUCAAAUCUCCUGGACUGCUUCACCCUGUGGGCUGAAGGAGACUUGCCCAAAGGGGCAGGAUGGUUCCUGGGCUUCCCAGAAACUGCCCCGUCGAGACACAUCCAUGUGGGCGAAACCCCGCUUUGCUGAUUUCCCCAAUUCAUGCUGAGAGUGUGCUUUAAAAAAAAAACAACACAAACAACAACAAAAAAAACAGCCAAAAAGUAAAAAAAAGAAGUGCCUAGAGCAGGGAGAUGGUGUGGGGAAGGGUUCUCUGAACACCAGGUGCUUUGGUGGGCUUUGGCCUGGCCGGGGCGAUGCUGCAGUCGGUUUGAAGAGGUGCUUUAUUUCUAGUGGGGUGCCAGGUGACCAUAUAUUUUUAAAACAGGGACUUGAGUAGCAGAAAAUGCUGGUAUUACCUUUGCUUCCUCCUCCCUUCCACCAGAGGAGAGGGGAGCUUUGUGUGCCUAAAAACAUCUAGCGUGUGAAGGGAGUUGCCCGUGGGUUGCAUCAGACCUAACCUACGUUGUUUUCCCAUAAUUUUUAUGAUUAUAAUUCCUUAGUUAAUUUUAAGAAAACGUUUUUUUCUUCUCCUCACUAACCCUAGGAAUUCCCAGGCUGCUCACUACAGAUACGGGGGGCAGGGGGAAGAAAAUGGAGAACUUGAACUAGCUGACCUAGGUUUUAUUGCUGUUUUCUAUUACCUUACGUAGAAUAUAAGCGUAUCCUGGAAAUCUAGAAGCAAAUACUCUCCCCGAUGCUACAGAGGUGUAUUUGAAUUUGGCUGUGACUCUCUCAGGGUCAUGCAAGAAAACAAUUCCAAAGCCUUUUGGAGAUCAUGGGUCCAGCUGUUGUGGGGUGGGACCAGUUUCACGUCCCAUUAAGACCAACUCACCAACCUCUUUGCCUUUUCCUAUCAUCAAGUAUUUUGCCAGCCUGUGCCUGCCCCUUCUUCCCUCCCUUUGCCUCCUUUAAUGAUGUCGCUGAUACCUGGAACGUUGGGCCCAGCCCCGGGGCUGCUGAAAACCCUUCUUGGGGUUUGAUUGAUGGCUUGAGUUUGUGCCAUUGAGUUCUUCCCCAUUUCUUCUCCGUGUGUGUGUGUGUGCGGGCGCAUUUUUAAUCUGUGACAGAGCAGAGAAGGGCCUGGAGGAUGGGGGGGGGGGGUUGGUUGGUUUUAUUUCUGGGGUGCAGAUCAAGCCAUGAGAUCCUGUGUGACCCCAAGAGAUUUCCUGGGCUGCUGCACCAUCAGAUUUGUGGCUGCUGCGAGGUUUGGAGAUGGUGAGACAUCCCGACGGGCUGGGGGGGAACAUCUGAGGAGCUCCAAUUCCAGGUUCUGGAAGAGGGAACAAACCCCUCUAGUGCCAGGGAGCAGGGGAA